AUGUUGAAGGUUAACAACAAGCAAAUUCAGCGCGCCACUAGAACUUUCGUUCGUAAUGCCUCGUAUAAGGAAUUGAAAUUCGGAGUUGAAGGAAGAGCAGCAUUGUUGAAAGGUGUAAACACUUUGGCCGAUGCGGUGUCGGUCACGUUGGGACCAAAGGGACGAAACGUUUUGAUUGAACAACAAUUUGGAUCGCCCAAGAUCACCAAGGAUGGAGUCACCGUUGCCAAGUCAAUCACUUUGGAAGACAAAUUCGAAGAUUUGGGAGCUAAGUUGUUGCAAGAAGUUGCAUCCAAGACCAACGAAAGCGCUGGUGACGGUACCACUUCCGCCACCGUUUUGGGAAGAUCUAUUUUUACCGAGUCCGUCAAGAAUGUCGCCGCUGGCUGUAACCCAAUGGACUUGAGAAGAGGCUCCCAGGCUGCCGUUGAAGCCGUGAUUGAUUUUUUGCAAAAGAACAAAAAGGACAUUACCACCUCGGAGGAAAUUGCCCAAGUUGCAACCAUCUCCGCCAACGGAGACAAGGAAAUUGGUGACUUGUUGGCUUCUGCUAUGGAGAAAGUCGGCAAAGAAGGUGUCAUCACUGUGAAAGAGGGCAAGACUUUAGAAGACGAGUUGGAAGUCACCGAAGGUAUGAAGUUUGACCGCGGUUACAUCUCCCCCUAUUUCAUCACCAACACCAAGACUGGUAAAGUGGACUUUGAAAACCCAUUGGUGAUGUUGUCUGAAAAGAAAAUCUCCAACAUCCAAGACAUAUUGCCUUCGUUGGAACUCUCCAACCAAACCAGAAGACCAUUGUUGAUUGUCGCUGAGGACAUUGACGGCGAAGCCCUUGCUGCUUGCAUCUUGAACAAAUUGAGAGGUCAAGUCCAGGUUUGCGCGGUCAAGGCACCUGGUUUCGGUGACAACAGAAAGAACAUCUUGGGCGACAUUGCCAUCCUCACUGGCGGUACCGUCUUCACAGACGAGUUGGACAUUAAACCAUCCGAAGCAACCAUUGAGCAUUUGGGAAGCGCUGGUGCUGUUACCGUUACCAAGGAAGACACUGUUGUCCUCAACGGUGAAGGCUCCAAGGAGAACCUUGAGCAAAGAUGCGAGCAAAUCAGAUCGGUGAUGGAUGACUCCACCACCACCGAGUACGAAAAGGAAAAAUUGCAGGAAAGAUUGGCCAAAUUGUCGGGCGGUGUUGCCGUCAUCAAAGUUGGUGGUGCUUCCGAAGUCGAAGUCGGUGAAAAGAAGGACCGUUACGAGGACGCUCUCAAUGCUACUAGAGCUGCUGUGCAGGAGGGAAUCUUGCCUGGUGGAGGUACCGCAUUGAUCAAAGCCACCAAGAUCUUGGACGAAGUCAAAGACAAGGCAGAAAACUUUGACCAAAAACUAGGCGUCGACACCAUCAGAGCCGCCAUCACCAAGCCAGCCAAGAGAAUCAUUGAAAAUGCCGGUGAAGAAGGCGCCGUCAUUGUUGGUAAGAUAUAUGACCAAGCCGACUUCAACGUCGGUUACGAUUCAGCUAAAGGUGAAUUCACCGAUAUGUUGGCUGCUGGUAUCAUUGACCCUUUCAAGGUCGUCAAAAACGGUUUACAGGACGCUGCUAGUGUUGCUUCAUUGUUGGCCACUACCGAGUGCGCCAUCGUGGAUGCUCCUCAACCACCUGCUGCUGGUGGUCCACCUGCCGGUAUGGGCGGUGGUAUGCCCGGUAUGUUCUAA